CCUUUUGCACUCUCGCCUCCUCCUCCGGGGGAGAAGCUGAGGUACCAGCAACCCGGAGCAGCAACAGGCCGGGCCACUGAGGCCGUGAGAAAAGUUUUUUUCUGGGAGUGUGGAACUGGGGCCCGGUUGGUGUACUGUUCGGAGCAAUGGAGCCAGCUUUCGGGGAGGUGAACCAGCUGGGAGGAGUGUUCGUGAACGGAAGGCCGCUGCCCAACGCCAUCAGGCUUCGCAUUGUGGAACUGGCCCAACUGGGCAUCCGACCGUGUGACAUCAGCCGCCAGCUACGGGUCUCUCACGGCUGCGUCAGCAAGAUCCUGGCGCGCUACAAUGAGACAGGCUCGAUCUUGCCAGGAGCCAUCGGGGGCAGCAAGCCCCGGGUCACCACUCCCACCGUAGUGAAACACAUCCGGACCUACAAGCAGAGGGACCCCGGCAUCUUCGCCUGGGAGAUCCGGGACCGCCUGCUGGCGGACGGCGUGUGCGACAAGUACAACGUGCCCUCGGUGAGUUCCAUCAGUCGCAUUCUGCGCAACAAGAUCGGCAACUUGGCCCAACAGGGUCAUUACGACUCAUACAAGCAGCACCAGCCCGCGCCGCAGCCUGCGCUUCCCUACAACCACAUCUACUCAUACCCCAGUCCCAUCACGGCGGCUGCCGCCAAGGUGCCCACGCCACCCGGGGUGCCCGCCAUCCCCGGCUCGGUGGCCAUGCCGCGCACCUGGCCCUCUUCGCACUCUGUCACCGACAUCCUGGGCAUCCGCUCCAUCACCGACCAAGGAGUGAGCGACAGCUCCCCCUACCACAGCCCCAAGGUGGAGGAGUGGAGCAGCCUGGGCCGCAACAACUUCCCUGCUGCCGCUCCGCACGCGGUCAACGGGCUGGAGAAGGGAGCCUUGGAGCAGGAAGUCAAGUAUGGCCAGGCACCAAACGGUCUCCCAGCUGUGAGCAGUUUUGUGUCAGCAUCCAGCAUGGCUCCUUACCCCACCCCAGCCCAAGUGUCACCUUACAUGACCUACAGCGCUGCUCCUUCUGGUUACGUUGCUGGACAUGGGUGGCAACAUGCGGGUGGCACCCCACUGUCCCCCCACAACUGUGACAUUCCGGCAUCGCUGGCCUUCAAGGGAAUGCAGGCAGCCAGAGAAGGUAGUCAUUCUGUCACCGCUUCUGCACUCUGAUGAGAAAUUCCGUCUCCAGCAGCUGCUCUCGGGUCUCCCCUUCUCAGCACAUCCUCCCCACUUUCCCAGGUUUCACAUCUCACCCCUCCUGCCUUCUACCCUUCUUGCCUGGAGAGCUGGCUUUACAGACUCACAUCCUUUGUGCUGAUGACACUUAAAUAUUUCUUGCCAUAACCUCUUUCUUGCAGAAAACCUGACACGACUUAGGAUUUUAAAACAAAAGCAACGUUAAGGAUUGAAUGAGACUUUUGUGUUGCCCACACACUGUUUUAACGUAGUGAAGAAAUCUACACCCCUCAAAGGGCUUAAGGAACUUUUAAACUAGUCUUUGGUAAAACCACACAUGUAUAUUUAUUCUAAAUCAACCUGAACUUUUGAAAUGUGCAAUUGUUGAGAUUUUGCAAAAUCAAUAAAGAAAAACACAUGUAGAAAAAAAAGUUAUGCUACACCCUCUAAUCAAAUAAGGUGACCAAGUAAGCCUUAAUUUACCAUUAGGAAACCAAUCAAUAAUUGACUUGUUUGAGUGAUCCUUUGUUUAUUUUUAAGAGAUAACCUAUUUUGUUGAUAAAUAUGUAGAACACAAGCAGUUUCUGAAUUUAGCUCCUGGUGUUUUGUCUUGGUUCCAAAUACAGUAAUGUUUAUAUUUUCUAUUAGUUUGUAAAUAUGGACUCUGGGUGGUGCAUUUGUGUCUUCAUGCCAUGGGAUAUCCCCCUCUCCCCAACCCCACCUCCUCUCUAUUUUGUUUUUCUUUCUUUUUUGCAAAGGUGACUUUCUGGCAACAUCUCUGUCUUUGUUUGGUGGUGGGCUUCUUGGGCUCCUGGACCUCAACUUGCCCCCAAAUUUUGUGUGGGCAGUGAAGGCUUCAGCAUCAUGAAGGACACUUUCUUUCUACAGCAAAGGACUCAAAAAACAGAUAAAACAAUCUAGUCUCCCAUUUUAUAUUCUAGUCAAACAACACACAUGCCAAGCAUAUAAAGAUAAGGGGGUGGAAAAUAUCUGAAUGAGAAAGGCUCUAAAGGAAGUCACUUAGAAGCAAGUUUAAUGUGAAAUGUUUUACAAAGACACUUAAAAUGAACUUUAUGUUAAGAAAACCACUGUGAAACUAAAUUGUACUGUUAUUGUUGGCUUACCUGUGUGUUCAGCAAUCACAGCCCAAAAUUAUGUUGUAACUUAAAGAAAAUGGAAAAUUCUGCUCUAAUGAAUGUAACAAUGGCUUGCUGUGAAGUUUACAUUGUUGUACAGAACAUGUUUCACAUGUACGUAAAUUGGUGGUGGUAUUAGAAAUACAAAUGCUAUUUAAUUUUAAUGAAUUCCCUUUAUUCAUUUCUGGAAUUACAGGAUGCAGAUUAACUGAUAAAUCUUACUAGACCAAUUUCUUUUUCACUUUAAUGUUAAUAAUAGAGCUGUGGGAUAUAUGUGUGUGUGAGCAUGUGAUUAUGUGUUGUAUUUUGAAACAAUUGAUUUUUCUUUGGUAAAAUUCUACAGUUCUUAUACCUUCUGUUUAGGAAAUUCUUCCUGCUUGGCAAUAUAGGCUUUAAAAUACAUUUUUAGAACAUUGGUACAAUUCAUUUAUUGGAAAAUUAAUAUAUUGUGGGCUUUUUUUGGUAUUAAUUCUGUGCAAUAACUAAAAGGGCACCUCAUUAGAUAUGGAGGUUAAAGAUGCAUUCAUUGAGUGAUUUCAACUUCUUCAUAUCUGUGCUGUGCACAGCGACAUGGCAAUCCAGUUCUGCCUCAUAGGUUUCACGGCUUCCUUUAAUACUUAGAUGGCUAGAUCAGUUAGUUUUUCAAAUCACUAGGUUGUAAACACUAAGCAGAUUUCUGACAUACAAGUAAUGUUCUAGGAACUGCUUUUUUGCAAGCAGCAGAUAACUUAUAGAGAGCUUUGAACUGCAUUUAUUUCUAAAGCAACUGAAGUCUAGUGCUACAAACAGAGGAUUACAACUUCUGAGAAGAAUAAGCAGAAAGAGCAGAUGAACUCUCAGGGCCAUAGUCUUCCUUUGAUCUUGUAAAACUCCAAUUGACAUCUGGAGUUCCUAGUCUGGUGAGAAAAUAGACUAUAAACCAAAUGGAACAAUGAUCCUAUCCAAUAUUUUGGUGGAGACUUUAAAACCAGACCAUACAAGGACUCACCUGAUGUCCAGAAAAACUGACAAAAAAAGUACAGAAUUAUUUUCUAUCAAAUGUUUUUAGGUGGCUACUAAGCAUCUUUAAAAAAAUAUCAAAUGUUGUAUGGAAACAAAACUAAAUGUUAUUUUCUUUAUCUAAAUUAAUCUCUUGUUAUUGUUAUUUAUGGUUUUCUGGAUCCUUUAUUUUUAAAAAUCUAAUAUUAGUGAUAUCAUUUCUCUUCCUUCAUCUUUUUGUUUUUGUUUUUAGCAACCAUAAAUUCCAGUGGAAUAAUUUAAAAAAGACAACAGAAAGUCCAAAUACAAUUUGCUAUUCAAAGUAAAUUAUUAUUUGAAGCCACUUUAAAAACUCUUGAGAAGGAAAAUGGAAUGGGAUAUGGGAUUAGGACUAUUUAAUUUUUAAACACUAUUCUUAUUAUUUAAUGUUAACAUUUCCUCUGUUUCUUAGAGGGUGAAGGGUUGAUAUUAAAUUGGCAAAUGCACUCUUUGGAAAUCCUUUUCCAUUUUGUCCACAUGGCAGGGUUAAACAUUUAAUUUCAUGGCCUCUGUGCAUAUAGUGCUCUCUCACAGUAUGCAAGAGUAUUACCUGCAAGGAUAGAAUGCAGUUGUGCAACAUAGACACAUUCUUGUUUCUCUUGGUUUUCUGUUUUUAAUGACCCACUUAUUGAAUAUUGGGCUGAAAUAUAAAUUUAAAAAAUCACCUUGGAAAGGAUGUACAACAGAAGGCUGUGUGUGUAUAUACAGUAUGUUAAAAAGCCUUUUAUUUUUAUACUUCA